UAUUCCCCACGCCUCCGUGUGUCUACGUGUGUGUGUGUCCACGAUUCGGGCUCUCACAUCGACACCCAAUCUCUGAAAACACAAUUACACGCCAAAGCUGAAGGUCGCGGUAGAUACCAUGCAGUCACAUGCAACGAGUUUACUUGUAUCAGAUAAUCACAGGAGCCGUCGCUCUUCUUUUUGUUUGUGGGGCUUUUUAUGCCUCCCGUGUGUCAUUUAGGGGAGUCAGGGAAAAUCAGGAAUGCGUCUUCCGGUCCCAAAGAGUGUAAAAAAACAGCGGAAGUCCAAGUGGUUUUUGUAGUCGUCAACAAAGUCUCACAUUCCUACUUGUUCUUCCACGGACUACCCAGCUCCCAUUGUUGAUCUUACAUCAAGACAAGUGAGAGGUCUCCAUCUCAAGAAUUCGACCUCUUCCCAUUUGCCUUUUGGACAAUUGGUCUGCCAUCCCCUUUACUAUCAAUAUUCUUCAGUCUGCUGCAACCCACCGGAGUGCAAGUGCUUUCUCUGGACAGAAAGUCCAACCAUCAUCUCCAGACAAAGCCCCAACUGGUGCUCCCUCAUUUGGGGAGGGAGGGGAAACAAGGCAGUUUAACACUGUGUUGUUCCCCACAGAGAUGAAGCUGCAGGCCGUAAUGGAGAACCUGCACAGGCAGCAAAGGGCCAAGCUGUUGAUGGAGCAACAGCUUCAGCAGCAAGCAGCCAUCCAGCAUGCUCAUGUCCGCCCAGGUGGAGUAACGGGGGACGACUCUCUAAGCAACCCGGCACCUGAGACUGAGCAAGCCCAGUUGGUGGCCCUGGCAGCCAUGCGUGCGGCGGCAGCCGGGUUACAGAGGGUGUCAGACAGUCACAUGUCGGAGCGCAGCAGCGGCAGUGAGGGGGAAGGUGAUGACGAGGAAAAUGAUGGAGAAGAACAAUACAAAGAUAUGAUGGGGUCUGACGAGGAGGAGCAAAUCAAACAAAAAUGGGAUGAGGAGGACUUUGAAGGCGAGAUGGAUGAAGACUUUGACGAUGACAUGGCAGAGGAAGGUCUACCCACAGGCCACAAUGCAGUUGUGCCUGGGAAAGGCAUCCUCCUGCUGCCCCACCGCCAGCUCCAUCCUCACUCUCAGCUGCUGAAGGCUCGCCCCAGUGUUGACCAAGAACCUCGCAUUGCCAUAUUACCUCCACACACCACUCACAGCCAUCUGGGCCAAGAUCAUGGGGAAUGGACCUAUGAGGAGCAAUUUAGACAGCUAUACGAACUGGAUGGAGACCCAAAAAGGAAAGAAUUUCUGGAUGACCUCUUCAGCUUCAUGCAGAAAAGAGGAACCCCUGUGAAUCGCAUUCCCAUCAUGGCCAAGCAGGUCCUGGAUCUGUACAUGCUCUACAGGCUGGUGACGGAGAAGGGCGGCCUAGUAGAGGUCAUCAACAAAAAACUGUGGCGAGAGAUCACAAAGGGACUCAAUCUGCCUACCUCAAUCACCAGUGCAGCCUUCACCCUCCGUACACAAUACAUGAAGUACCUGUACCCAUAUGAAUGUGACAAGAGGGGUCUGAGCAACCCCAACGAACUUCAGGCCGCCAUUGACAGCAAUCGCCGAGAAGGCAGACGACAGAGUUUUGGCGGGUCUCUCUUCACUUACUCUCCCAAUGGGACACCCACCAUGCUGUCUUCACCCAAGCUCUCCACGCCCACCAUGGGUUUGACCGUAGGCACCAAUGGGGCCUCGCUCACCCCCAUCCAGAAGAUUAAAAAAGAAGAAGAGGGCGGACAGCCUUUCCAUGGAGUUGGUGCACCUCGCAUGCCGGUGGGAGCCCUAGCUGGUCACUCAGUGGCUGCCGUGCAGGCGGCGGCCCAGGCGGCAAUGGCGGCUCAGGUUGCAGCUUUGGAACAGCUGAGGGACAAACUGGAGGCUGGAGAACCGCCGGAGAAAAAAAUGGCAGUGCCAGCAGAGGAGCAUCAUCGACUGCUCCAGAGAGCACUGCAACACAACUUACUGGCCAUGACAGCCCAGAUACCCAUGAACAUCCGCAUCAACCAACAAGAUGGCAGGCAGGACUCAGCCGUGAGCCUCACUACCAACGGCACAAGCAGCAUAAGCAUGUCAGUCGAACUCAAUGGAGUCAUGUACACUGGUGUCCUUUAUGCUCAGACAGCAGCCGGGUCAGCCCCUGCGGGUGCGUCCCUUUCAAGCAAGCCUGUCGGCAGCCGUGUAUCUCCUCAUCAUCUGCAGCAUCAGACUACACCUACCUCAACAUCCAGCAACCCAGUGUCUUAACAAACCCUCAGCCUUUCUCUUUUAUUACUUUUUUUAAAACCAUGCUACUAAAGCCAAAAAAAGAAAACAACAACCUCAUUUUCUAUAUAGUCUAUGCCAAAAAGAGAACGCAUACACAAAGAUACAAACUAACUUAAUCACUUGAAAUACACUCUCAGGUUCUGUCAUAAACUCACCUCUUUUGUUCUUGGCCACAAUGAUUUUGGAGGAAAAUAUCCCAACAGAGAGCCAGUAUAUGUUAAACAAAAAUGUAUGUACAACCUGUGAAUUAUUUAUUUCUACAUACAUAUACAGUUUAUGCAAGAACAAAAGAGAUGGUAAUAACCAGGAAGGGGUAAUGCACUGUUUACACUCACAAACACAGCUACUGACUGACAGUAAUGUUUUAUCCUCUAGGGGGGAGAUUCUUUUUCUUUUACCUUUUACUUGUCGUUUACCAUUAUUUUUACUCUCAUUUAUUAUGUUUUAACAUUUAAAUCUUUAUCAGUCUUCUCGCUGCAGGAAAUCAUUUAUAUAUUUAGAGUUCUAUUGAAAGAACAGACUACAAAUUUUAUUUUUAACUACAAAAUCUUUAAACGUAUACGUCGUUUCUCUAGGGUGCAUAACUUUGCAUCACUGUGACCUAUUUGUGUGCAAACAAAUACCAUAUCAACACAGCUGCUGUGGUAUAUCAGUCAUUAUUGCAGUUUUCUCAGUCGCUUUGGUACAUUUAUCGAAACAUCCUCGCCAUUUGCAUAACAUUUUGUGCCAUUCCUCAAAACAAUUAGUACAAGUAGCAAAACACCAUGGAUUAUCUGGAAAAUCCAAUUCUUGGCUCAAAAUCUUUAGUUCUCUUAAAAUUAAAUUCCAAUAUGAAUGAACAUGUCGGUGCUACGAGAAUGAUAGUCCUGUCAUUGUGUUCAAACAAGACAGUCAAAUUGUAGUCUUGUUAGUAUAACAGUGUACUCUGGAGAGAGACUGUGAUGCAAAAGAUGACUCAAGUUUUGAUGACACUUAUUGUCAAUGAAAACACGGUGAUACAUUUUUCAACCGAUAAUUCCUUCCUCGUCCAGCCGAUAACCGAUAAUGUCAAGCCGAUAAUUCUAAUAAAAGAUAUGUAAAAUUUUAAAGUAUACACAAGAGCAAAUAUUACUGUGCAAAAGUACAAUUUAAUGCUCUUUUUUUCAACAUCUAAUGUAAACAAGCAGUAAAUUCCAACAUCUAAACAAUGACUGAUUGUCUGACAUUGUGUAAUGGUAAACUUUUGGCAAGAAUUACAGUACUUACAGAGUAAAUAAGUUGCACAAAAAUGCCUUUAAAAGUAAGCCAUGCCUAACAUAUAUAACAUUACUACACUGCAAAAACACACCUCCUUAAAACCAGUUAAAUUCCCUUGUUUUCAGUGUAAAUCUAUUGGAGAUAAGUGAAAUUAUCUGCCAGCGCUUGAGGUAAAUUUCACUCAGAUUUCUUGAAAUAAGAAAAAUAGCUAAAUAAGCCUAACAGCCUUAUUUCAAGCACUAAAGUAGUUAACCUAAAAAAAAUAAAAUAAAAAAACUAGUUUGACAGAAAUUGUCUUUAUUCAAGAAUAGGCAUGGCUCAAAACAUUAUUUGAAAGCAAUUUUUUCUUGAUUUAGGUGAAAUUUUUUUUUUGAAAUAUGAGCUUAAUAAGAACAAAUUGUAAUAUUUACUUCAAGUAAGUGGAAUAAUCUGGCGCGUUCACCUGUUAACUAGUCUUUCACACUAAAAACAAGAUGGAGAAAAUUAUUUGACUAGAUUUAAGAAAAAUAAUCUGAUUAAGACAUUGUAAAUUUUCAGUGUACUGAAUGCAUUACUGACCCAGGCAGUUCUUGUGAGUGUGGUUUGGUGCAAAUUGAAAUUAUCAUCUAACCACUGUGCCGUCAUGAUAAACAUGCUUAGUGCUUAGUGACUGACAUCACUUGUUCAAAUGUCCAUGGUGAAAUUUAUGUGAUCGGCAUGUUUUUCACAAAGAAUAAGGCAGGUUAGCAUGCAUCUGAAAAGUAGCGGAGCUCCAGAUGCUGUAAAAGCAGCUAAAACCCCAUGUCCAAGCAGCUAGUCACCGAAGGCUAUAAACUGCAUUAUUUUUUCAUUCAGGGCAUUAGCUCCCGGGUCACUUCGGUCAAAACGUCUCUCGUCCGACCGAGCCUGGCCUCUCCUCCCGCCUGUGCUCUUCUGUCCGUCCGGCCGCAAAAUGAGCAUCCGCGCCAGUCCUCAGUCUGGCCGUGGUGCCUAAUGAGUUGAAUGAACCGGAGAUGAGUGGGGUGGCACUGCCCAAGACAGAGCCGGUGGCUGCUUGUCAAAGCAUCUCUGAUCGUCACAAGCCCUGCAGCUUUCCAUUAGUUUACUAUUAGCUUUAGCUUUCAUGCUAGCGGCAGCCUCGUAUUGGUUCCACAAAUCUUUGUGAUGCAGCUUUAAAUGGCUGAUCAGGUUAGUGGUGUUGAAUGAGGACACUUUCUUUCCGCCUCGUGGAACUUCUGCAGUGCAUGUUUUGCAGAUGGCGAGAGCAUUAUUUGUUUCACACACGGAAAAAUCAACCCACACUGGUGACAGAGCCGCCAUGAUAUCCUACUUCUUUAAGCAUGUUGUGUAUCGCAUCACUCAUGCGACAGGGGCUUCAUAGGCAGGAUGGGUUGAGGCGUCGGUGUAGAAUUGGACUAAAAUGCCUCGAUUGCACACUUUUAGAGGCUAAAUCGAGUAUAUAAUUAUCGGACUGUAUUAUCUUUUUUUUUUUUUUAAUCUGAAUGAUCUGUGUGACGUCAUGAUUGCCAUUCACUGCCGAUAAUUAUCGGUAACCGACAUUAUGGUGCGUCUUUCAAGUUCUACUUUAGUGCGGGUGAGGGGGUGUAAAAUUGACAUGACACGCGACAAGAUUUACUUAACAUCUUUACUGUUUAUAGCAUUAGAUGACAGACCGUGUCAUUGUGAUACAGAAAUGAAAACAACAGCAUUAUGCAGCACAAAGAAAAAUAAAAUUUUGAUAAUAACUAAAGUAAAAGUAAAAACGUGAUUGAAAUUGUUCUCCUGACAUUUGGCUACACUCUUCAGCCUCAGCCAUUGUACGGCCAUGAUUGAGAACAUGGUCUACAAGUGUUGCUCUUAUCUCUUCAGGAACGUGCAUAUGUCCUCUUCCUCUUCUGCCUUGCCUCUCAACCACGCACCCUCAUUCCUCUUCCUCUUCUCUCAGGCUGUUGACCCAGUCCAAAUUAUUGUCCUUCUACGCUCGUGAGGGAAAAAGUGGCAUGAAAAAUGAAUGAAUAUUGUCAAACGUUGUAAGGUUGUGUUGUGGUUGUUCAUAUAUAGACAUAUUUUUUUCAUGCUAUUUUCCAUUUAUUUCAGAAAACUGGUUGAUCUAAUGCUUCUUUUCAGGAGAAUAAGUCAAGAAUCAUCUGGGGGCACUUUAGCAUUUCAGGACAGAUUUAGAAAAUAGUCAUGGAAAUGUCAAGAAUUAUACUUGACAUAUUAUGAACACAAAUACAGCCGUUUUGCAUGCAAUGAACUAAUGCCUAAAGCGACUGAGAAAAACUGUAAUAUAUUUGGUUGCUAUCCCAGCGACCAGGAAAGGCAAUGUCCCUGCUGAAUUCAUACAUUGUCUUCUCUUCCCUGUCACCAGGCCAGUUCCAGAUUAGACCUGUAUUGAAUCAGCUUUUUCUGCACCGCAACAUGCUUUAGCCUUGAUGACAUCUGUAUUAUGUUUGUGCAUAGAUCACGUGAAUAAUUGUCUGAUUGUUCUCGGAUGUCUCCAUACAUCUACGCAAUGCUGUAGGAGAUCUGUUUCUAUCCUUAUUUCCUGUUCUUACCCGAUUUUCUUGUGAAGUGAUUAUCUUAAGGUCAGAUGCAUGCUUUUAUUUGUAGAUAAAGCUUAAAAGAAAAUUGAUUUCCUUUCAGGAAAGCACAGGACCUGUCUGUCCUCUUAAUCCUUGUAGUCAUGGAGAUGCUUGGACAAUCAGGUGUCAGGAUGCGCUAGGAGUGUCUCAGAGAACCUGAUGUAGUUGAACUUAAAUCUGGCGCUUUCUUGUCGUGUUUUUGGUGUUAUAGAUGUCAGAUGCAUAUUUACUUUUUGUGUGCGUUUUUAAACAUGAUUUUGUGCUUUUCAACUAAGUGCUUCUUAUCCUGCUGUUUGGAGGAUCAAGUCAUCCUCUGAUUUUUAGAUCAAUCAUUCAAAUUGUGUUACCUCAAAAAACCUCAUUCCUUCUGAAAAUAGGUAGUUAACCAUUCAUGUUAUUUUUCGGAGGCCUUAAAAAAAAUAAGAUGACCAGUUGUCACUUUUUAGUGUUGCGGGCAGGUAUUACCAGCUGCUACAGCUUUGAUCUGAGUCUUGCUUUUCUGCCGCAGGCCCCCACCAGCUGCUUCACAAACAUCUUUAUAAGACGACUGCUCACACUGUGCUUGUUGGUCACUAAUUUAUUUGUUAGGACAAAUUGAAUUUACAUAGGAUUAUUAUGGCCCCACUGAAGAGUUGGAAAUAAACAUACUCUUAUGUGACAAUAGAGUUAUAGGAUUAUGAGGACAAUAUCAAAAUAUAGAGAAAAUUAGCAUUGGAAUUAAGUUCAAAGUAUAACAUUGGCAGCACUGUGUUCAAGUAAUUAGUAUGUGUGCCUUGCAGUUGAGAGGUUCUGGUUUAAAUCUCUGCUCAGUCUGUGUAUGCAAUUUGUAUGUUCUUCUUGUGCUUGGCUGGAGUUUUGUUCAGGGCACUCCACAUUCCUAAAACAUAAAUGUUUAGCUAAUUGCAGACUCUAACUCGUCCAGGCAGCACGAUGGAUGACUGGUUAGCACAUGCGCCUAACAGAUCAGAGGUCGUAUGUCCAAAUCCAGGUUAUGGUCUGGCCGUGCCUGUAUGGGUGUUUCUCUCGGUACUUGGGUUUCGUCCUUCAUUCCAAACACAUGCCAUAGUUGAGAAUAUGAGUUUGCAUGGUUAUUUUGUCUACUUGUAUAGCCAAUCUAAGGUGUGCAAUGACUCUCGACUAAAGCCAAAUGGGAUAGGGUGCAACCUUUGUAAAGAAAACAGAUCUACGUGCAGAAUACGUGCGUUUUAAAACAAUAGCCUUUUCCUUGUAAUAGUAGAAUUUUAUUCUUGUAAAUAAGUUUUUGUGGUUUUCUUUCUUUUGAGUGUUGCCAUAAUACUCCUUCCUCAGAACAUUCAAUAUCAUAAGAAAUACAAUAUCAUAAGAAAAAAAAAAAAACUACCUUUACCACAAGUGGCCGCUAUGUCAAGUCAUUGCCAAACCAGAUGUGAGCAAGAGUAACCAAACCUGCAGCUGCUUGUUGUGUCGUAGUGCGUUUUGAGAUGUCUCAUUUCAUAAAUUACCACCUGCUUCUACAAGUCAAGAACUAAUUGAACAUAUCUUUUCACCUCUGUGUUCCAAGUGUUACCUGGAAACAGUGUUUUGGGGGGUUUACAGCUAGACCAAGAAGAAAGUUAGGCAUUCGGAAAGUCUGUUCUAACUUUAAAAAAUGACAUUUGUUUGAAAAUAAUGUGGUCAGCAGCAUUUUAGGUCUCGCAUGAUUUGGCAGUACUGUUACAUUUAACAGUAUCGGUCAAUACAAAUAUACAUUUUCAGCAACCUGACUUACACUCCAGGUGUGUAAUACUAUGUAGCAGGUUUUCUAGAAACAUUAAGUCUGGUUGAUACCAUGCUGUUUAAUGGUAUUGAGAGAAGACUAAACAUCCACUUUCCUUUCUUUUAAUGUUUAUAUUGUGUUAUGAAGACAGGAAAUUUUGUUAAGGAGGCAGUUUCAUGAUCAGAUUCUGUGAAGGUGAAGUAAUAAGGACAGAUAGUGCCUUCCAACUGUGGACAAUUGUAAAGAUGCACUUUGAGGCAGUUGUAACAUUUACUCAGAGCAUUACAGAAAAUGUCAGUGUUUUUUUUUUUUUUUUAAUCAAACAUUACAUAAA